GGUCACGUUGCCAUACUAUAACAGUGGAGUUCAAGUGGAAAAUAAUGCCGUCUACAUCAAACUGCAGUCUCAAGUCGGCCUUGUGGUCAUGUGGAAUGGCGACGAUGCAGUCAUGGUUGAGGUGGAUCGUGAUUACGCGAAUCGCACUUGUGGACUCUGUGGCGAUUACAACGGCGUUCCGGUCUACAAUGAGUUGAUUUACAAUGAUCGAAUAAUCAGCCACAUUGAAUUUGGCAAUAACCAGAAGGUUCAUCACCCAAAUGAUGAUUGUGAGGACCCCUUUGAGGAGUUUGGAGAACUUGAAGAUGUUCCAGCUGUGGAUUCAUGCGAGGAGUUUAAAACAACCUGCAACCAAAUGUUGCAUUCAGAGCCUUGGAGCCCCUGCGCGCAGCUAAUUGACCCUGCGCCCUACGUGCAGGCUUGCGCGCAGGACAUGUGCGGGUGCAGCAACCGCACCAAUGACACCUGUGUCUGCAGCACCCUAUCCGAGUUCUCUCGACAGUGUUCCCAUGCUGGCGGAAUGCCUCCCAACUGGAGGACACCAGAGUUCUGUG